AUGGAGUCGACGGCGCCUGUUGAUGACCAUCUCCACAAGGCCGCGCUGGGUAUUGUAGCUGCUGUCGCUGUUCUGGAGACCAUAUUCUUGUGCCUGCGGUUAUGGAGUCGGAGGGUCAUCAAGCGAUUCUGGCUGGAUGAUUAUAUCGUGAUUGUUGCUUGGUCUCUUAAUAUGGCGAUGACCGUGACAUCAUGGCUAGAAAUCAAGGCAUUUUACAUUGGGUACCACAAGUACGAUAUACCUACGGACUUCGAUCUAGAAAAGGCUCUCAAGAUCGAUUAUCUCAACCAAAUCCUCUACAUCCCGGUGCUAUCUCUAGUCAAAGCCUCGGUCAUAAUUCUGUUCCUCAGAAUCGCCAUAGUCCAACCACGAGUGCGACUCACGCUCAAAAUUCUAUUCGCUGCCAACCUGGCUUUUAUGAUAGCUGUGCUUUUUGUCGAGGUUUUCCAAUGCGUCCCAGUGCAGGCCCUGUAUACCAUGACCAUCAAGGGUAAAUGCAUUGAUAAGGCGCUCUUCUACAUUGUGUCGGCCAGUAUCGCAGUCUUCACAGACAUUCUCAUUCUCGUAAUCCCCUCGAUAAUUGCAAGGGGACUCGGGCUUCCUAUGCGCCAGAAGAUUGCCGUUACUAUUCUCCUUUCAUUAGGCGGGUUCGUCACAAUAGUUGCCAUUAUCCGGCUAGUUUACUUCAUACAUGUUAUCUACUUCCCAUCACACUUCGCCGACCCAAACUACAGCAUCGCCUAUGUUCUCAGCAGAAUCGAAACAGGCUUGGCCGUCAUAACCGCAUGCGCUUCGACCCUCAAGCCUCUCAUUAAAAAAUAUAUUCCUCGGCUGCUUGGUCAGUCCUCAACCUCUAAUAAUCAACCCAGCGGAGAAAUGACUGGCUGGGCCGUUCGCUCCGAACUACCACAGCGGAGGCGACCAGUCGCUUUCCAAAUCCGCCGAAUUCUGCCCUGGGGGUCGAAAGAAGAAAUUCCUGAUGAUGACAGCCAGCGAGAGGUCAUCAGGGAGAAUAAGCCCGUGGAGAACGCGGACAGGGCGGAUGAAUAUCAUGAAGCCAUCCGGGAGAACGGAGGGAGAAAUGGGGUUGGUGCCAACGGAUUCGUCUAA